GUGAACAUAUUCAAUACUAUUAUUCUAAAUGGUCUGGUCGACUACCAAAAUCAAUUUUACAGAAACUUGAGCUUUAUCAUCAAAAAAAAUCACUAUUUAAUACCACAUCAUCAAGACAAUUUGGUAAUGAUGUAAUUGGAUAUUGA